AUGGCCAGCAAGACGAGCGAUAUUGGCGACAAAUAUGUCACUACGGUUGACCUAUAUGCCGAGGUAAUUAAUAAAGUCGUGGAACAUAUGCGCGUUGAUUUCGAUGAAGCUGGAGUAGAUUCAGAUGUCCUCCAUUAUGUGAAGACGGAAUGGAAAAAUAAGUCGGCAGAGUCUAAAUGUUUGGAUGGAAUACCAAGAGAAGCUGUAAACAAAACGUCAACCAUUGAUGACAUUAACUUAAUGAAAGAGAUCAUUGCUGACAACGUUAACACUGACCACACCAAUUGCAUCGACAAUAGAAAUAAUAAAAUUUGGUGUAUAUUGAAGAACAUAUUGAACAGCAACAUCUCCUUGAACAACGACAUCAAAACCGGCCUGACCAGCCCAACUGUUUUGCAGCGUUUGAACUUGGGGACACCUGUGCCAAGAAAGAACUUUUUAGUAUCUCGUAGGAAAGAUGGGAGCUCUGAAGUGCUAUUCAGAAUUGGAGGACAAACGGACGGAUCGUGGGUCGAUUCCAAUGAUGAAGAGAAUGAGGAAAAGAGCCACUACGACUUCCACAACUACAACAUCCACAGCAGCCACAACAACAACAAUGGCAUCAUCAUGAUGCCUGUAAUUACGCGGUAUAUAAAUAAUAUAUAA